AUGUAUCCGCACCACUGGGGCCACAUGUAUCGCUGCGGCCGCGCCACCUCCCGCUUCUUCUGGUUCGCCUUCGGCGCCGGCUUCGCCACCUGGUGGCACUGUCACCACGACGCCCACGCCUGGGUGGAAGCUCGUCAAUGCAUGCGCGACCGCAUUCCGCAACGCGCCUACCCCCCGCCCGGCACCGCCCUCCCUCCCUCUCCUUUCCCAAACGGCCCGCAAGACCCCGCCGAGCCUCAACCUCAAGCGCAGAUGCAGGGCCCCCCACCGCAGCGGAACGACGGCCACGGCAGGCACAGGCACUGGGACCGGUGGGACCACUGGGGCUGGUGGGGCGGCCGGGAGCGGGAUGCGCGCGCGCAGCAGCAGGACGGCGGGCGGGCAGGAUGGGGGCCGGCGGGACGCGACUCCGCGGCGCCAGGGUGGGGGCGGGACGCUGCUGCGCGUGAGGGCGCGUGGGGCCCGCCGCCGCCGCCCGCGACGCACAUCCCCGGUUCGCAGCCGGGGCAGGGCGAGAAGGAUAUCGUGCAGCAGGCGACGGACACGAUCACGGAGCUCUCUGAGGCGACGCUCAACAAUCUCCUCGUCACCGUCGAGAGCCUCAAAGCUAAGCUCGCGGAGCACCGCAUGCAACGCGAACAACAAGAGCGCGAGAUCCAGGCGCUGCGCGAGGCCAAGUUCAAGCAGUUCGAGGAGUGGCAGCGCCAGUUGCAGGCGCAGCAGGAGAAGGAGGCUGCGGAGAAGGCCGCGGAGCCCCCGCGCCGCCUCGUCUAG